CUCUACUUUGGGAUUGUCAUCCAGUGUCCCUGGUGUUCAUGAAAUUGAGAUGAUAGUAGAAAUUACAGAAAAUAGAAGAUGACUGCGAAGUCCUUGUGUGGCUGGCCCGGGAUGGCACUCUCGGUGACAGGGCUCACUGUCUUCUCUCUCCUGCAAACUGCCCUCUCCCUGAACCCCGAGGACCCCAACGUGUGCAGCCACUGGGAGAGCUAUGCGGUGACCGUCCAGGAGUCCUAUGCACACCCCUUCGACCAGAUCUACUACACGCGGUGCACAGAUAUCCUCAGCUGGUUCAAGUGCACCAGGCACCGGAUCAGUUAUAAGACGGCGUAUCGGCGUGGCCUCCGGACCAUGUACCGGCGCAGGUCCCAGUGUUGCCCUGGCUACUACGAGAAUGGAGACUUCUGCAUACCCCUGUGUACGGAAGAGUGUGUGCACGGCCGCUGUGUUUCCCCGGACACCUGCCACUGUGAGCCCGGCUGGGGAGGGCCCGACUGUUCCAGCGGCUGUGACAGCGACCACUGGGGCCCCCAUUGCAGCAAUCGGUGCCAAUGCCAGAAUGGAGCCCUGUGCAACCCCAUCACGGGCGCCUGCGUGUGUGCCGCCGGCUUCCGCGGCUGGCGCUGCGAGGAGCUCUGUGCGCCGGGCACCCACGGCAAGGGCUGCCAGCUGCAGUGCCAGUGCCGCCACGGAGCCAGCUGCGACCCCCGCACCGGCCAGUGCCUCUGCGCGCCGGGCUACACCGGAGUCUACUGUGAGGAGCUGUGUCCACCUGGAAGCCACGGGGCUUACUGUGAGCUGCGCUGCCCCUGCCAGAAUGGGGGCACCUGCCACCACAUCACUGGAGAGUGUGCCUGCCCCCCAGGCUGGACGGGAGCAGUGUGUGCCCAGCCCUGCCCACCAGGGACAUUCGGCCAGAACUGCAGCCAGGACUGUCCUUGCCACCAUGGAGGGCAGUGUGAUCAUGUGACUGGACGGUGCCACUGCACAGCUGGCUACAUGGGGGACAGGUGCCAAGAGGAAUGCCCGUUUGGGACCUUCGGCUUCCAGUGCUCACAGCGCUGUGACUGUCACAACGGAGGCCAGUGCUCGCCCACCACCGGCGCCUGCGAGUGUGAUCCCGGCUACAAAGGCCCCCGCUGCCAGGAGCGGCUGUGCCCCGAGGGACUGUAUGGCUUGGGCUGUGCCUUGCCCUGCCCUUGUGAUGCCGACAACACCAUCAGCUGCCACCCAGUAACUGGAGCGUGCACCUGCCAGCCAGGCUGGUCUGGCCACCACUGCAACGAGUCCUGCCCUGCUGGCUACUAUGGCAAUGGCUGCCAGCUGCCUUGCACCUGUCAGAACGGCGCCGACUGCCACAGCAUCACUGGGAGCUGCACUUGUGCCCCAGGCUUCAUGGGAGAGGUCUGUGCAGUUCCAUGUGCCACGGGGACCUACGGCCCCAACUGCUCAUCCGUCUGUACCUGUAACAACGGUGGUACCUGCUCCCCCGUGGAUGGCUCCUGCACCUGCAAGGAAGGGUGGCAAGGCCUGGACUGCACCCUGCCGUGUCCCAGCGGGACGUGGGGCCUGGACUGCAAUGAGAGCUGCACGUGUGCCAACGGGGCAGCCUGCAGCCCCGCCGAUGGCUCCUGCUCCUGUGCCCCUGGCUGGCUCGGAGACACCUGCGAACUGCCCUGCCCGGAUGGCACAUUUGGGCUAAACUGCAGUGAGCGUUGUGACUGCAGCCAUGCGGACGGCUGUGAUCCUGUCACAGGUCACUGCUGCUGCCUGGCCGGAUGGACAGGCAUCCGCUGUGACAGCAUGUGUCCACCUGGUCGCUGGGGCCCCAACUGCUCCGUCUCCUGCAGCUGCGAGAACGGUGGCUCCUGCUCCCCAGAGGAUGGGAGCUGUGAGUGUGCCCCUGGCUUCCGAGGACCCUUGUGCCAGAGAAUCUGCCCCCCUGGCUUCUAUGGCCAUGGCUGCGCCCAGCCAUGUCCCCUCUGCGUGCACAGCAGUGGUCCCUGCCACCACAUCAGUGGCAUCUGUGAGUGCCUCCCUGGAUUCUCCGGAGCCCUCUGCAACCAAGUGUGUGCCGGAGGGCGCUUUGGACAGGAUUGCGCCCAGCUCUGCUCCUGUGCCAACAACGGGACCUGCAGCCCCAUCGAUGGCUCCUGCCAGUGCUUCCCUGGAUGGAUUGGCAAGGACUGCUCACAGGCUUGCCCACCAGGGUUCUGGGGCCCCGCCUGCUUCCACACGUGUAGCUGCCACAACGGGGGACGCUGUAGCGCCGAGGAUGGGGCCUGCCACUGCACCCCUGGCUGGACUGGACUCUUCUGCACUCAGCGCUGCCCCGCAGCGUUUUACGGGAAGGACUGUGGGCGUGUGUGCCAGUGUCAGAAUGGCGCCAGCUGUGACCACAUCAGCGGCAAGUGCACCUGCCGCACGGGCUUCACCGGGCGACACUGCGAGCAGAGAUGUGCCCCAGGAACCUUUGGCUAUGGGUGUCAGCAGCUAUGUGAGUGCAUGAACAACGCCACCUGUGACCACGUCACCGGCACCUGUUAUUGCAGCUCUGGAUUCAAAGGAAUACGGUGUGACCAAGCUGCCCUCAUGAUGGAGGAGCUGAAUCCCUACACCAAGAUCAGCCCGGCGCUGGGUGCAGAGCGGCACUCGGUGGGUGCUGUCACAGGCAUCGUCCUCCUGUUGUUCCUCAUUGUGGUGCUGUUGGGCCUGUUCGCCUGGCGCCGGCGGCGACAGAAAGAGAAAGGCCGUGACCUGGCUCCCCGUGUCUCCUACACACCUGCCAUGAGGAUGACCAGCACGGACUACUCACUCUCAGAUUUGUCUCAAAGUAGCAGCCAUGCCCAGUGCUUUUCCAAUUCCAGCUACCACGCACUGGCGUGCGGGGGGCCUGCCACCAGCCAGGCCAGCACUCUGGACAGGAACAGCCCCACCAAGCUCAGUAACAAGUCCCUUGACAGAGAAACAGCAGGCUGGACCCCAUACAGCUUUGUGAACGUGUUAGAUGCAGGCAAAAGAUGCACUCACCAUCUGAGAAAGGGACCCUUCCCUGAGCCAGGCCCUGCCAAAGUACUUCUUUUCAAGGACUGCUUCCUCUGCCCUGAUGUCCUGAUCAGUGCCCUGGAGGCCAGGUACCCGCCCGAGGACUUCUACAUUGAACUUAGACACCUCAGCCGCCCCGCUGAGCCACACUCACCAGGUGCUUGUGGAAUGGACAGACGUCAGAACACAUACAUUAUGGACAAAGGCUUCAAAGAUUACAUGAAAGAAUCCGUGUGCAGUUCUAGCACUUGUUCCUUGAAUAGCAGCGAAAACCCUUACGCCACAAUUAAGGACCCACCCAUCCUCACCUGCAAGCUUCCAGAAAGCAGCUAUGUAGAAAUGAAGUCGCCUGUGCACAGAGGGUCUCCGUACACAGAUAUACCAUCCUUGUCGACAUCUAAUAAAAAUAUAUAUGAAGUUGAGCCCACAAUCAGUGUGGUCCAAGAAGGCCUCGGUCAUAACUCCAGCUAUAUCCAGAAUCCAUACGACCUACCUAGGAACAGCCAUAUUCCUGGUCAUUAUGACCUCCUCCCAGUAAGACAAAGCCCUGCCAAUGGGCCCUCCCAGGACAAGCAGUCUUAA